CAGUAGCGGACGAAUCCCCGAAUUACGCGCCGCCGCCGCUGCUAUGCGCGACUGUCAUCCACGGUCUUCAACCGCUUCCUACCGCGCAGCCUUCGAACGCCUCGCCAGGCCUCCAAACCUGUCCGUUAAAGCGAGGCAUAUGCUUAAAACGCCGUUUUCCGUUAUUACGAAAACAGAGGCAACCUAUUGAACAUAUCCUGCGUCAAAACCAAGAAGAAAGAUGAAGUUGGGAAGGAGCUGGCUGUGGUGUUGUCUGCUCCUCUCCUCGCUGGCUGUGACGGCAUUAGGAGCCCGCGACGAGGAGGAGCCUGAGGCAGACUUCCCCGUCUCGGACGCGGAGGACCAGGUCAGCGAUGAGGACGAGAUAAUGGCCAUGAUGGAGGAGGAGGAGGAGGAUGAGGCCAUGGUGGAGGAGGAAGAGGACACCGUCCUGGCAGACAAUGAGGCAGCAGAGGAGGCAGAAGAAAAGGAGGCCGUAAAGUCCAAAGUCUCCUUCCAGGUGACGUAUAAGACUCCCAUUCCGACUGGGGAGGUGUACUUUGCAGAGACCUUUGACGAUGGUUCAUUGGACAGAUGGCAGGUUUCAAAGACGAUGAAGGACGACGCCGAUGAAGACAUCGCGAAAUACGAUGGGAAGUGGGCAGUCGAGCAGCUGAAGGAGAACAUCGUACCUGGAGACAAGGGCCUGGUGCUCAAGUCCCGCGCCAAACAUCACGCCAUCGCCGCCCUGCUGGCCAAACCCUUCGUCUUCGAGGACGAACCUCUGGUCUUGCAGUAUGAGGUGAACUUCCAGGACGGGAUCGACUGUGGAGGAGCGUACAUCAAGCUGCUCUCUGACAGCCCCAGCCUCAACCUGGAGCAGUUCAACGACCGCACACCCUACACCAUCAUGUUCGGGCCGGACAAGUGUGGCGAGGACUACAAGCUGCACUUCAUCUUCCGCCACCAGAACCCCCUGAACAAAGACCUGGAGGAGAAGCACGCCAAGCGGGCCGAUGUGGACCUCAAGAAGAUCUACAUGGACAAGAAGACUCACCUGUACACCCUGGUGCUGAACCCGGACAACAGCUACGAGCUGUUCAUCGACCAGUCCAGCGUGAGCCGCGGCAGCCUGCUCCACGACGUGGUCCCGCCCGUCAACCCGCCCAAGGAGAUCGACGACCCCAAGGACUCCAAGCCCGAGGACUGGGACGAGAGGGCCAAGAUCCCUGACCCGGAGGCCAUCAAACCCGAGGACUGGGACGAGGAGGCCCCUGCUAAGAUCCAGGACCCCGAUGCCCUGAAGCCUGAGGGCUGGCUGGACGAGGAGCCAGAGUUUGUGUCGGACCCCAGCGCUGAGAAACCCGAGGACUGGGAUGAGGAGAUGGACGGGGAGUGGGAGGCGCCCCAGAUCCCCAACCCGGCGUGUGCCACGGCCCCCGGCUGCGGCCACUGGAAGUCCCCCACCGUCAACAACCCCCUGUACAAGGGCAAGUGGAAGGCCCCGCUGGUGGACAACCCAAACUACCAGGGAGUGUGGAGCCCCAAGAAGAUCCUGAACCCCGAGUUCUUCGAGGACCUGCAGCCCUUCAGGAUGAGGUCCUUCCGGGCGGUGGGCCUGGAGCUCUGGUCCAUGACGUCGGACAUCUACUUCGACAACUUCAUCGUCACCUCGCACAAGGAGGUGGCGGACCGCUGGGCGGCCGACAGCUGGGGCCUGAAGAAGCUGGUGGCCAGCGCCAACGAGCCCGGCGUGUUUGCCCAGCUGAUGUUGGCAGCAGAGGAGCGCCCCUGGCUCUGGGUGAUCUACAUCCUCACCGUGGGCCUGCCCGUAGGACUGGCCGUGCUCUUCUGCUGGCCCAAGAAACCUGAAGACGAGUACGCAUACAAGAAGACGGAUCGGCCCCGUCCCGACAUAGAGGAGGAAGAGGAGGAGGAGGAGGAGGACGAAGAGGAGGAGGAGGAGGAGGGCACCGCUGCAGCAGAGGAAGGGGAGAAGGCUGCCCAGGCCUCAGCUAAUGAGACGGCCCCACCUGCAGAUGUGACGGAGGCAGUGGAGGAAGAGGAAGAGGAGGAGGAGGAGGAAGAAGAGGAAGAAGAGGAGGAGGAGGAGGAAGAAGAGGAUAGUGCAGCGGCAGGAGACAGCCAGGGAGAAAAUGAUGACGAAGAGGAGGAGGAGGGCAAGGCUCAGGGAGGGGCAACAGAAGAGCCCCAGAAAGAGGCCGGCGAUGGGGGCACGAACAAGCAGGCGGUGAGGAAGAGGAGGGUACGGAAAGAGUGAAGAGUGAACCAAGCGUGGAAGACCCCCCCCCCCCCCC